AUGGCAGUCAACACGAAUGCGCCGGCAGGCACCCUGAUGUCGGACUUGCCUUUGGAAUACCUCAGUCUCUACCAUGCUGUCGAUUCUCACCUCACCUCCAUUUUCGUCUUCUACGGACCUGUCGCGACGGCCAACGCCACCGUGAGCAGCUCGCGCAUUCAGGCGCAUAUCUUCACACCCGCUGGAUUUCAAAGCUACUCCCGAAUCACCAUCUCCCCCGCCGCUCCUCUCUAUGCAGCCGUCAAUCAUUUGCCGCGCGAAAAACAAGGAGACCCGGUGGCCCGGGGUCUUGCGGUCAGCUUGCUGAAAUACUUUGUGGAAUUAUCAGAUCCAGUGAGGAAGCGGUUGAUCGGCUCCGCUCGGGCGUCUCAGCGGCCGGGCGAUAAAGUACCCCGGCUUUUCGAUGAAGUACAUGCUGCAGAAUUGGCCAACAACAUGAAAUUGCUGGAAGACUCGUCGGAAGUUGUACGUGAUAUCCGUAGUGCCUGUCAGGAAAGGAGGAUUCCGUGGGUGGAUAUGGAUGUAGUGCUGCCGGCAGGGCUCAUCCAGUCUCGCCAGCGGCGAGAAAGUGUCGACUCGGAUAUUGAAACCACCCGUCCCCUAAACUAUGGGCCGUAUACAUCGCUCAUCGAGGCUUUGGGGGACCCCAUGUUUCUCCCUACGUCUCGGCUGAAGCGGGCGCCCUCGCAACCAACCAAUGUCAGCAAAUCAAGAAUCUUCUCCCGAAAUCAAAAGGAGGCCUUGAGGUUGACCAUGUGCGAAUUUGUGGACACGGAGGAACGGUAUGUUGCCAAAAUGUACACCCUGGUACAUGAGGUCGCAGAAGAGUUCCGGCAAAAAGCCCAACGCCGAGGCCCGGCAAGUCUUAGCCCUGACGAGAAGGCCCUGGAGGCGCUUUUCCCCCCCUCCCUGAACACCAUUCUGGACGUCAACCUGGAAUUCCUCGACAUCAUCAGAAACGUGCUGGAGGAAACCGAAAAGGAUGCCUUGGAGGAUAUUGGCCAGGAUACCGAACUGCCCGCGUCGGGAUCGCAUCGAAGCUCGUCCCGGGAUGUUAAAGAUACUAUCGGCGCCACAAAAUUUGCCCGGGCACUGUUGGAAUGGUUGCCCAAAUUCUCCGCGCCCUAUGCUGACUACAUGCGUGCACACAACGGCUUCACGCAAACCCUCAGUUCAUUCAUGCGCGACAAGACAUCCAGCUUCUCUCGACGUGUCCAUGAAACCGGGGAGCAAAGAUUACGCUCCUUGCUGAUGGAGCCGGUUCAACGACUUCCCCGCUAUAGCCUUCUGAUUGAUACCAUGACGGGAAGUCUGCCGCUUGUUCACCCAGCAGUUCGCCCGCUGCUGAGAGCCCGCGAUAUCGUCAAAGACAUUUGCGCUCUAGAUAGCGGCUCGCCCAGCAGUCACGCACAGAGCCUUCGACGCCUAAGAGAAAUUGUUGACGGUUGGCCUGCCAAGACCUUUCCUGAAGGUCGACUGAUCACAGCCGUAGAUGUCAACGAGCUCACUCCACCAUAUCGUCUGGAGACACGUGUCUCGGGGCCCACUGCCGGAAUUUUGAUGCUCUACAAGAAUUGCCUCGUGCUACUCUCGAAACCCGCGGGCAGUCGGGCCACGGCACGCGGAUUGUUAGCGGACAUUGAUAAUGCGGCAUCGUCUAAUGGCGAAGCCACAACGGCAAUAUCCGUUUCGGAGCUCAGAGUGGCUCGGGUUUUCGAACUUCAAUCAGUGCGAUGCAUGCAAUCUGGCUGUGGUCGGAUCAUCUACAUUGUACCUGCGACCCACUCCACGGUUUCGGCCUCCUCGAGUGUCGGCGACGAGCUUGUUGCCUUGGAGUUGGCGGCAUUGUAUGAAGCCAAGGUUAGCAAGUUGAUCGAAGAGAUCACCAAGGCUCGCAUCGAAGGGCGUUUUCCAGAGCAAGAGCGGGAAGGAGGCAAAUGGACUUUACGAAGCCCUCCCUCACCACCAAACAGCACGGGUAUCCUAGCCUGCGUCUACGAGGACGGGCGGAGCGUAGCUCUCGAACAGGGGCCGGCACCUUUCAUCCGGUUGCUCUUUGAUGCACCCAAGGCUACCUGGUCUGAGGAUCCUCAAGCCACCAACGCAGAUAUCGUCAUGUCGAUCAACUCUUCCGAGAGCGAUCAAUUUAGAUUGGACAUUGAUUCGGUGAUUGGAUCUCCGUCAACAGACUUCGUGACCGUGGACACGUUUGUGCCGACCCUCCUUAAACGCUUGCAAUCACUUCUCGUGCCCUUGAAUAGCACCCGCAACACGAAAUUGAUGGAGUCCUUGAUACACUCCAACUUUGACAUCCUUCGUUACAUCGCAAGCGGAUUGACCACACAAGUCAAAUCUUCACGCACUUUCCGACCCCCUUCACCCACUAAGCUCAUUUCAAAUUUCCUUGGUGGCAGUCGCGAAAGCGUGCCCACUAUCAAGCAGCCAAGCUCGGCGACGUUACUUGGUGAAUUUCCCAAAAUGCCUCCGCAGCGCAUCAACAUUUCCAGGUCCAAUACUCUUCCAUCUACAUUCCCCGGAAAAGACAAAGAAAAAGAAAAACAGCAACCAGAUCAAGAGAGAGACAAAGACCCAAGCAAAAUUUCGAUGGUCGGAGCAUCCGGCGCCAAAGGGUCAGAUGGUCAACUCGGGUCCUUGGAACAAACGUUUGCUGCUUACGUUCUCUCUUUGCAAUCUCGCAGCGGUAACAUCCUCGGACGCAUGUUGCGUAAUAGGGAGCAUGCGGAUCGUGCGCUGGUGAACGAGCUUUACAACAUUCUGCUGGAAGAUCCAAGCAAGUUGCAGGCGGCCGCUGAAGUACCGGUCGACACACUUUUUGUUGCCUUUGAAACUUUCAUGAAAAAUGCCUGGAGAGAAAGCAUGGGAUCCGUAGUGGAUUCUUCUGCACUUAGAAAUCUCCAGAACCAGUUCGACACAAUGUUUCCCCGGGACUUUGAGGAACAAUUUCGCAAGUUUUUAGUCAACACCAACCCCCAGAAUUGCCGAGCGUUAGCUGCGAUCAUUCGACUCCUCGCUGAGCUACUGGAUGCGUCUGGAAAUGACGGUGACCGUGGUGCUCUCACGGUAGCAUUUGCAGAAGUGCUGACAGAAGAUGGGGACCCCGUGCAGCAUGUGUCUCUUCUGGAUCGCCUUGUGGAUGAUUUUGACAAUUUGUUCGAGGAGCUCAUCCCUUGCGGAUCGUCUGUCGAGGGCACCCUGAACUUUGAACCAAACAAAUCAUCUCAGACAAAUACCGGAUCAGUGAGCUCCAACAGCUCUUCCUUUCGCAGACGUUUCGGAUUCAAUCUUCACAGAGACAGCUCAAAGGUUGAAGGGGAGGGCAAAGUUGCAUCUAUCCUCCGCACGCUCAGCAAGAAAUCAAGCCCGGGCGAAUCCGAUCUCAAUACAUCAAGAGGUUAUUUACUUCGUUCGAAAUCCACAGACGUAGACUCUCGUUUGGGUUUUCUUCGGCCAACGUCUCGUGAGCGUCCAUACGGCUUCGCGUCCGAAGAACAGAUUUCAAGGCCAAGCACUGGACAGGGGCAACCACCGUCUUUGUCAUCACUCCGUGGCAUAUCUCACGAUAGUGUCGUGAAGCUGCGGAGAAGACGAAGGAGUUCAUUGUCUGACUUUCGCCCCGACACGGCUUCUUCUGAUGCCUCCCACGUCUCCUCAGUCGCAAACCUGCGCCCGGCGACCCCUUCCAACCGACCGCGACCAGAUUCGACCACACCCACUAGCCAGCCUCGACCCCAUAGCAGCUACUUGGCCUCACCGAGUCGACCUAGGUCACCUGCGAAGGCACCCUCUCCGGGCCAUUUGGGAUCUCCCAUUCGCCAAGCGUCGCCCUCUCGUCCUGCGGCCUCAAGCUGGAAGGAGAACAUUGACCCAAAGAUUCCUCAGAGGGAGCGAUCAAUUCAAUCUAAAUACCAAAAUCCCGAGUCACCUCCUCAGGACACUAAGCGGCGGUCUCGCGCAACCAGCAUUCCGCAACGAACCCCUGCACUUCGAGAACGAGCUCCUGUGAACGGUUCCGAAGUCAGACGACCACAGUCAUCAUCUGCUUCCCAAAGACCACAAAAGCUGCGAAUGCAGAGUCCUCAAAAGCUCCGUGAGCGUAUCAAUACGGAGAAAAACCAUCAGAUCAACGGCAGCAUCGGCUUCCGCACUGAGCUCAAUGCUUUUAGUGAUGAGAUGGUCAAUUUCGAGUUUUCGGCAGACUGUGGUGCAGAGGACCCAGACCCUGCUGAAGAACGUCGAUCUCCAAAUGCAAAGCUCCCGCUUCAAAGCCGCUUGAAGCGUCUCGAGGAGCGAUUCGAGUCCAUGGCUGGAGAAUACGAUAGCCGAACCUCCGCUCUUGAGAGAGACUUGGAGUCUUCGUUGGUCGUCAGCGAGAAGCGUGUCAAAAAGCUCGAUGAGCUGUAUCGGGAGGCGAGCGCAGAGAACGAAGCGCUUUACGAUCGGUUCAACGCCGAGCUCAGCAAGAUCGCCAAAGAUGUUCGCUCGGGCAGCGCUGCGGAUGCCCUGAAAGAUCAACUGAGUAACGCUCUUGAGGAAAUCAGCCGCCUCAAGAAGGAGAAUUUCCGACUUAAAAGAGAGGUUGGAGGGCUCAGAGCCCAAUCUGCUGCUGCCGCAUUGCUCAAAGCUAGUGAGCAAUGA